CAAGUCGUCCGACAGGAUGCGCGUGGCGCCACCUGCUCUGUACGAAGCCAUCCCCGCUGGGAUGUCAUUUUACAUCUGCCACAGCUGUCGUGUCGGCCGCCCUGCCGGCAGUCACGCUAAUGCGUGCGGGAGCAUUCACGAGCACUCUCCGGCGAACCCUGUGUUUACUCGCGGCUGUCGAUCCCCACGCAGUCCAACCCUGUUUACGACAAAGGUUCCAUGCCGUCUGCGAGCCGCCGGAAAUAUUCCCGAGUGAUCGGUGUGCCUUCCUGAAGUCGGGGAAGUGCCUCGUUGUCGUCAUGUGUUCGGGCACAUCGUCAAUGUGCAGUCUGCGACGGACACGAGGUUCUUGUUCUCCCGCUGUCGUUGGCUUCUCGAAGCUCUUGAAUGGUGGCUGUCAUGGAGGUAAGCCGGCCGUUCUGUGCGUUGACCAGUGCCAAUGCUUCCAGUCAACCGUCUGGCAAGCUUAGACAUCGGAGGCAGAGAUAUAGAAGCACAGUCGUCCGCAGUCCUGGCUUCGUAGCCUAAGUACGCCACACUGCUGCGACGACGCGCUCUGGUCCUUG